AUUAUCAUGUAACUGACAGCGGCGAACCCUGACAGGACUUUCUCAGCGUUGUUAGUGAAUACCCGCUGCUACGCUGACGGGCGGACGGGAAGAAGCAGCAGAAGGGAUCAGCGGCGGCAGAGGACUGACAGCCCGGAGCUAGUCCUGUAGAUUUAGUUCUCUUGAGUGUGUCAGCGGUUUGUAGCAAAAUCAAGAAGGGACGGGAAGGGGAAAGUAAGGAAAAAUGGCGGCCGCGGCCUCGCCGGGCUCCGGUUCGUCCACCCCCUCUGACUGGAUUGUACUCCGAGACGGUUGCCUGCGUUGCGACGAGGAGGGCCUGCGAAGCCUUUCAUACCACCCGGCCCUCAACGCUAUCCUAGCAGUCACCAGCAAAGGGGCUAUUAAAGUCAUUGACGGCACUUCGGGAGCGAUUCUCCAGGCCUCUGCGCAGCACGUUAAACCCGGCGGUCGUGUCAGAUGUCAGUACGUUCCUGCUGUGGAUAAGGUGCUUUUUCUUGACGACUAUGCAGUGGGAUGCAGGAAGGACCUAAACGGCAUCCUGCUGUUGGACACAGCCCUGCAACCUCCAGUGACCAAACCCGAGGAUCUGAUUCAGAUGGAGCUUCCAGUCACGGAGGCCCAACAUCUGCUGUCAGCCUGCCAGGAAAAGAUUGACAUUUCGACCACAAAGGGCUAUGAACUCUUUAUCGUACAGCUAAAAGAAGGCUUGAAGAAUACCUCACAUGAGACAGCAGCCAAUCACAAAGUGGCCAAGUGGGCGACAGUAACCUUCCAGCUUCCUCACCAUGUGCUGAAGCUGGUUGCCAGUGCCAUUGUCAGUGAGCUCAAGAAGAUUAACCAGAACAUUGCUGCCUUGUCUGUGGCCUCAUCCAUUAUGGACAGACUUUCCUACCUCUUGUCAAGCGCCCGACCUGAGCUUGGAGUGGGUCCUGGGCGCUCUGUAGAUAGAUCUUUAAUGUACAGCGAGGCAAACAGGAGGGAGACGUUUACAUCAUGGCCACAUGCUGGGUAUAGGUGGGCUCAACCUGAUCCAAUGGCUCAGGCAGGAUUUUACCACCAGCCUGCUUCAUCAGGGGAUGACAGAGCCAUGUGUUUCACCUGUAGUGUAUGUCUGGUGUGCUGGGAACCAACGGAUGAUCCUGACCACUCUUUAUUUAUUAAUAAUCUCCCAAGUGAUGACCAGUUGGAGGAUUCAGACAGCGAUGAGCAUUCCCGGUCCGAGUCAGUCACAGGCCAACCGUCCCAGUGGGAGAGCAUGGAUCUGAGCCUAGGCGUGACAGCGCUCAGUGUGCUCCAGCAGCCAGAGAAGCUCCAGUGGGAGGUGGUGGCCAGUGUGUUGGAGGACACAGUCAAAGACCUGGAGGAGCUUGGUGCCAAUCCUUCACUGAAUCAAGCCAAGACCCACAACCAGGCCAAAGCAAAGGAAAAGCUCCCCGAGCAGCACAACAUUCCUUUCCCCUGCUUGCUGGCUGGAGGCCUGCUCAGUUACCGCACAGCAUUUAGCAACUCCACAGCUGGAGCUCACCCCACAGUCCCACCUUCAACUCGCAGAUUGUCUGAUGGUCCUUGUAGAACUCAGGGCCCGGAGCCCUUCCAAGCGGGACCUAUCCAGGACCAAGGUCCCAUGGAAAUAGAUACGUGUAAUUCCCAGACUGCUGCCCAAGAACAGUGCUUUUCUAACUUGGGAGGUUCUCAGCCUCCAAGUCCCUCCUCUGCGCCAUCUGUGCACAGGACUAUACCCGUGCUGUUAUUAUACAGUAUCAGAGAGACAGAUGACAAGACCUCAGGGCAGGUGUUUGCUCAGAUGAACAACCUAAUGAGCAAGGGUCUCCACGACGAGACCUUCACUGUGCCGCAAAUUAUCGAGAUGGAGUUUGACUCACACGAGCAGCUCCUUCUCCAGGAUCCUCCCAUCACGUAUAUCCAACAGUUUGCUGACUCUGCAAACAAUCUGGCUGGCUUUGAUGGUCAGAUGGACAAAUGGAACACAUUAGCUGCUGCUACUGCAUCUGUCCCGCCUCGACCUGGAACGCUAGUACAGUGUUUGAGGUUACCCAAACAGCUCGAAGAGGAGAAUCUUUGUGUGGACUCAAUUACACCAUGCUGGGAUGGUGUGCACCUUUUAGUUGGGCUGCAACCAUGCAACGCAGAAUCUCUGAGUGCGGCGAACCAGGUGGAAGCCCUGAACAAUCUGAAUCGCCUGCACUCUGCUCUGUGCAACCAGCAAAAGAGGGACACCCUUCAUCCAGUUGCUAAUGGAGUGGAAGCUAACCACCAAGAGGGCACACUUUCCCAAGCACCCUUCAUCCUGCCUUCAGGGGACCACCAGCAGACGUGCCCAAGCGGCGGCGGCUAUCUUGCACUCUAUAAGCUCAACUACUCUACCCGUAUUGUAACCUUGGAUGAGGAACCUGUUAAGGUGCAGCAGAUAUGUCAGCCUUGCGAUGCAAUUACUUCCCUCAUACUGCUUCCUCCAGAUGUGCUUGAUAGCAGGGAAGAUGACAGUGAGGAAACUCCAGAGGAGCCUCCUUCUGGUUCAAAAAAUGGCACUCCACGGUUUGGAAUGCCCUUGGCAGGGUCUGCUGCACCUUUAACUCGGACUGCCUGUGGGACAACCACAAGCAGCAGCAGUGCUACCGCUACCAGUCCCUCUGCCAAUCAUAAAGAGUCCAAGAAACAAGAAGUGGCAGGCCUGGGCCAUUUAGUGGUGACUACACAGGGUGGGAAUAUUAUGAUCCUGGACCUGUCGACAUUGGAGGUUCUAACCAAGGUGGAACCCCCUAAGAAAGAGGGAGCAGUGGAAGAAAUAGACCCAUUUGUGUCUGUAACUUAUUGCUCUGGGACUGACCGCCUUUGUGCAUGCACUAAAGGUGGAGAGCUUCAUUUCCUUCAAAUUGGAGGAGUUUGUGAUGAUAUAGAUGAUGGAGACAUGUUUAUUGAUGGCCCCAUUUCUAAAGGGGCAGAACUGUUGCUGGAGUGGGCCAGGCCUUCCUCUAACCCUUCUAGUCCUGGGAUCUCAGGUGUAGAGCUCCUGGUGGACCAACCGCUGACGACAGAGAGCCUAAUGUCUCUGGUGGAGCUGACGCGCUUUGAGACAUUGACUCCCCGCUUCUCAGCCACUGUGCCACCAUGCUGGGUCGAAGUACAGCAAGAACAGCAGCAACGGCGCCAUCCACAGCAUCUCCACCAGCAGCACCAUGGGGAUGCAGCUCAGCACACCCGCACCUGGAAGCUUCAGAGUGAUAGUUCCAGCUGGGAUGAGCAUGUCUUCGAACUGGUGCUGCCGAAGGCCUGCAUGGUCGGCCAUGUGGACUUCAAGUUUGUCCUGAAUGCCAACAUUGUCAACAUUCCUCAGAUACAGAUAACUUUAUUGAAGAAUAAAGCACCCGGCCUAGGAAAGGUCAAUGAGACAGCCGUUGAUAGACAGAUCACAUUCCCACUUUCCAAUGUCCUCCAUGCCAAUGGGGAGAAGAAUGGUCGACCUUCAAUGCAUGACUUCACUGAGGACAUCCAGCUCAUGGACAUCGAGGACACAUCGGGCUCCAUGUUAUGUCCAUUCUUAGAAGAGCACAAAGAGGAUAUCUUGUGUGGACCAGUGUGGCUUGCCAGUGGGUUGGAUCUCUCAGGUCAUGCUGGCAUGCUCAGUCUCACCAGCCCAAAGUUGGUCAAAGGCAUGGCUGGUGGGAAAUACCGCUCCUUCCUGGUUCAUAUCAAAGCAGCGAGUGACAAAAACAUGGAGGACAGCCCCCGACCUGUUGUGAGAAUGCCCAGUGCCAAACCCCAGUGCUCCAAAUCGCACUCUUUGUCCACCCUGCUUCAGAGGGCUCAGGCCUCCAAGGACAAGGUGUCUGGAGUUAAACCAGAUUGUCAAGCAUCUUCUAAGAAAGUAGAAAACAUGAGAGGCUGCGACCUGUUGCAGGAAGUAUCUGUGACAAUCCGAAGGUUCAAAAAGGCAUCUAUUCCCAAAGAAAGGGUCCAGCGUUGUGCAAUGCUGCAGUUUCCAGACUUCCAUGAGAAGCUGCUGGAUGCACUGUGCCAGCGGACACAGGGUAGCCUAUCCACAGAACAUGCCCAAGGCCUCAUCCUGGACAUCUUAUGCUGGCUGGCUGGUGUUUUUUCCAAUGGACCGUGCAGCUUACGAGAAGGAAAGGAGGGGCUGCUGGCCAAAACCAGAUUGAGGCUAAUGGAUAUUGUUGCAGUUUGUUUCUUUGAGGCCGGCCGGAGCAUAGCUCACAAGUGCGCACGCUUUCUUGCCCUUUGCAUCAGCAACGGAAAAGGCGAUCCUGGUCAACAAGGUUUUGUCGCGAGUCUUCUGAAGGCUCUCCUGGACAAUAUGCCCUACUUGCCUGCUGCAGCAACAGGCGGCUCAGUGUUCUGGUACUUUGUGCUGCUGAACUAUGUCAAGGAAGAGGACCUGGCAGGUUGUAGCACCGCCUGUGCUUCCCUACUCACGACCAUCUCAAGACAGCUGCAAGACCGACUCACCCCAAUGGAGGCACUACUGCAGACCAGAUAUGGAUUAUACAGCUCUCCUUUUGAUCCAGUGCUCUUUGACCUGGAGGUCAGUGGGUCCUCCUGUAAGACUGCCUUCAAUAGCAGCAUUGGGGUCCAGUCAGAUGAGAUUGACCUCUCUGACAUUCUCUCAGGGAAUGGAAAAGUAAGUAGUUGUGCUGCAGCAGAGGGAAGCUUCACAGCACUGACGGGGCUCCUAGAGGUAGAGCCUUUGCACUUCUCUUGCAUUGCCACUAGUGACGGUACUCGAGUGGAGCGCGAUGAUGCCAGCAUGUUCACUGUAAGUACAUUUGGCGUUACUCCUGCGGUUGGCGGUCUGUCGACAGGAACGGUUGGCGAAGCUUCUAAAGCUCUUAGUUCUGCAGCACAAGUGGCCCUGCAAUCUCUGUCUCAUGCCAUGGUGUCAGCCGAGCAACAGUUACAGGUUCUACAGGAGAAGCAACAGCAGCUGCUCAAACUGCAGCAGCAGAAGGCCAAGCUUGAAGCCAAACUGCAUCAGACCACAUCUGCAGCUGCCGCAGCCGCCUCUGGUGUGGGGCCCAUCCACAAUUCAGUGCCUUCCAACGCCUCCUGUGCUCCGGGUUUCUUCAUUCAUCCCUCUGAUGUCAUCCCCCCAACACCUAAGACCACACCCCUCUUCAUGACACCUCCUCUCACACCUCCGAAUGAGGCUGUGUCUGCAGCCUUCAGCGCAGAGCUGGCUCACCUCUUCCCUGGCUCUAUGAUGGACCCUGGACCAGUUAAUCUCGCAGCACACAAGAAUUCCCAAAAAGUCAAGCCGACUCCCAUGGGCAGUGGUUUGGCUUUAGCUAUUUCUCAGGCAUCUCAUUUUCUGCAGCCUCCUCCACACCAGUCUAUCAUCAUAGAGCGGAUGCACUCUGGAGCUCGUCGCUUUGUGACGCUGGACUUUGGUCGACCCGUCCUGCUGACUGACGCCCUCAUCCCGACCUGUAGCGACCUGGCCUCUCUGUCCAUAGACAUUUGGACCCUAGGUGAGGAGGUGGAUGGCCGCAGGCUGGUGGUGGCCACCGACAUCAGCACUCACUCCCUCAUUCUACAUGACUUGCUGCCUCCGCCCGUUUGCAGGUUUAUGAAGAUAACCGUGAUUGGCCGCUAUGGCAGUACCAAUGCUCGUGCAAAGAUUCCUUUGGGCUUUUACUAUGGUCAUACUUAUAUUCUACCCUGGGAGAGUGAGCUUAAACUGAUGCACGAUCCUCUGCGGGGAGAAACUGAACCUGCCAGUCAGCCAGAUGUGGAUCAGCACCUGACCAUGAUGAUGGCAUUACAGGAAGAUAUCCAGUGCAGGUACAAUCUUGCGUGCCAUCGGUUGGAAACCCUUCUACAGAAUAUCGACCUGCCACCCCUCAACAGCGCCAACAAUGCCCAAUACUUCUUACGUAAACCAGACAAGGUGGUAGAGGAGGACCAACGUGUUUUUUCAGCCUACCAAGAUUGCAUCCAGCUUCAGUUGCAGCUCAACCUGGCUCACCAUGCUGUCCAGAGGUUACGAGUGUCACUUGGUGCCAGUCGAAAGUCCCUCCCCACAGCCAGGCCGAAUGAGGCUCAAGAUCUGGUCCACAACUCCUCUACAGAGCAGCUGAGAAAUAUCAUCCAUUACCUUCUGGACACCUUGCUUAGCCUGCUGCAUUCUAACAAUGGACACUCGGUGCCAUCAGUGCUCCAGAGUACCUUCCACGCACAGGCCUGCGAGGAGCUCUUCAAACACCUUUGCCUCAGUGGGACACCGAAAAUCCGUCUUCAUGCUGGCCUGCUUUUGGUACAGCUGUGUGGAGGUGAACGCUGGUGGGGACAGUUCCUUUCUAACGUCUUGCAGGAGCUGUACAACUCCGAACAGCUGCUCAUUUUCCCCCAGGACAGAGUGUUUAUGCUCCUCUCCUGCCUUGGCCAAAGAUCCCUGAGCAACAGUGGCGUUUUAGAGGGUCUACUGAACCUCCUGGACAGCCUGCUGUCUCCUCUGCAGCAACCACAAGCUGCUCUACAGCAUAGGACUGAAGGUGUUUUGGAUAUCCCGAUGAUCAGCUGGGUGGUGAUGCUUGUUUCCAGACUAUUGGACUAUGUCACAAGUAUAGAAGAUGAAGCUUCAGGUGGGAAGAAACACCUUGGAGGGAAAGAGAGGGAGAGAACGUUUACAGGUAUUCAGUGGAGCUUUAUCAACAACAGCCUUCAGUCUCAGAACACCAGCCGAUCAGCUAAAGGCAGCAGUAGCCUCGACAGACUUUACUCCCGCAAGAUUCGGAAGCAACUUGUCCAUCACAAGCAGCAGUUAAAUCUAUUGAAAGCAAAACAAAAAGCUUUAGUCGAGCAAAUUGAGAAGGAGAAAAUCCAAAGCAACAAGGGCUCCUCCUACAAACUCUUAGUGGAGCAGGCCAAGCUCAAGCAAGCCACAUCCAAGCACUUUAAAGACUUAAUCCGUCUUCGGCGGACAGCUGAAUGGCCGCGCUCCACGUUAGACACAGAGUCUGCAACAGCCAAAGAAGCACCAGAAGUUGAGCCCCUGCCCUUUACAUUGUCGCAUGAGCGCUGCAUCUCAGUGGUGCAGAAGCUAGCCCUUUUCCUCCUCUCUAUGGACUUCACCUGUCAUGCUGACCUGCUACUUUUUGUCUGCAAGGUCCUGGCUAGGAUAGCAAAUGCCACCAGACCGACAAUUCACCUCUCUGAGGUGGUGUCUGAGAACCAGUUAGAGCGCCUACUCCUUCUGCUCGUGGGGACGGACUUCAAUCGAGGGGAUAUCUCCUGGGGAGGUGCCUGGGCUCAGUAUUCCCUCACCUGUAUGUUACAAGACAUCCUGGCAGGUGAACUGCUGUCUCCUGGUUCUAUGGAUGUCAUGGAUGAAGUGACUGUUGUUGAGGAGGCCGGGGCUUCGUCCUCAUCAGUUGGGGUUGAUCAAGAUGACCCCUUGCCUCAGCCUACGCCGAUCCCCUUGGUAGAGAGCAUUGAUGAGACCCUCGUGCCUGAUAUCAUUGCAGGUGCUCCACCUGUGUCGUCUUUGGAAAAAGAAAAAGACAUGGACUUUGACUUGUUACAAGACCUGAUGGAUGUUGAUAUUGAUCCUUUAGAUAUUGACUUGGAAAAAGAUCCGCUUGCUGCAAAAGUGUUUAAGCCAAUAAGCAGCACGUGGUAUGACUACUGGGGUUCUGAUUAUGGCACGUAUGGUUACACGCCAUACAUUGGAGGGGUUGGCAUUCCAGUGUCCAAACCACCAGUUGCUGUUGAGAAGCCGGGGUCACAAGGGCUCUCGGUCUCAGUUUCACAAGCACUGGAUGCUCGAUUAGAGGUGGGCUUGGAGCAGCAGGCUGAACUGAUGCUAAAAAUGAUGGCAACUUUACAGGCCGACUCGAUUCUUCAGGCUCUAACAUCAAGCUCCUCCACAGUUUGCCAGACUACCAACGGCACAGAUGACUCUCUGUUGAGGGCUCUCCAUGGAGGAGGCUCUCCUCCUGGCAGCACCCUGCUAGUCCAACCAUCUUCAAUUCCGAUGCUGAGUGCUUGCUUCAACAAGCUUUUCUCCAUGCUGCAAGUCCACCAUGUACAGUUGGAGUCAUUGCUGCAGUUGUGGAUAACACUGAGUCUCAACACAAGCGGUAAUGAAGAGAACGGAUCAGAUAUCUUCUUAUUUAACUCUAGUCGAGUACCCACCAUUCCACUGAAUCAAGCAUCAAUUAGCAGUUUUCUCACUGUGCUGGCAUGGUACCCCAACGCCUCCCUGAGAACUUGGUGUCUGGUGCUGCAUUCACUUACCCUGAUGACUAACAUGCCUUACCACGGCUCCGGUAAUGGGAUGAACACUCAAGAAAGCACAGCACAUCAGAUGGUGUCCGAUCCAACGCUGGUUCAUGUCCUGGUGCGUUUCCUUUCUGGCAGCAACACCAAUGGGACUAAUCAGCAUAGCUCUCAAGUUGGACCCACUGCCACUCAAGCUAUGCAUGAGUUUUUGAGUCGCUUGCAGGUGCAUCUUUCUUCCACUUGUCCACAAAUGUUCAGCGAGUUCCUACUCAAACUCUUGCACAUCUUGUCAACUGAAAGGGGUCCGUUCCAGUCAGGUCAGGGUCCACUUGAUGCACAGGUGAAGCUGUUGGAGUUUACUUUAGAGCAAAACUUUGAAGUGGUGUCUGUGGUCACCAUCUCCUCUGUCAUCGAGUCAAUCACAUUCCUUGUUCACCAUUACAUCACCUGCUCGGACAAAGUUGUCUCACGCAGUGGCUCUGACAGUUCUGUGGGUGCUCGUGCUUGUUUCGGUGGCCUUUUUGCCAACAUCAUUCGACCAGGAGAUGCAAAGGCUGUCUGUGGUGAAACUACCCGUGACCAGCUGAUGUUUGAUCUCCUUAAACUGGUUAAUGUGCUGGUGCAACUGCCUCUCUCCGGAGACAGAGAGUUCAGUGGUCGGCUGCCAAUGUCCGGCAGUGGGGCUUCUGAUAGCAGUGUGUCAGAUGAAGAGAAGGUUUGCGGAAGCAAAGAAAGUGUGGCUGGCGGAUCGACAUCCAGUCAGGGUCCGUCUGCUGGUGUGGCUGAUCUGGUACUGGCUAAUCAGCAGAUAAUGAGUCAGAUCUUGUCUGCGCUGGGCCAGUGCAACAGCAGUGCCAUGGCCAUGAUCAUCGGAGCCAGUGGUCUUCAUCUAACCAAACAUGAAAACUUCCACGGGGGUCUGGAUGCAAUUUCAGUAGGUGAUGGCCUCUUCACCAUCCUCACCACGCUCAGCAAGAGGGCCACUUCUGUUCAGGUCAUGUUGCAGCCCAUCCUCACAUACAUGGCCUGUGGAUACAUGGGUCGACAGGGGUCUCUUUCCACUUGUCAGCUGUCUGAACCUCUUUUGUGGUUCAUUCUGCGAGUGCUGGAUACCAGUGAGGCUCUCAAAGCUUUCCAUGAUAUGGGUGGUGUCCAGUUAAUUUGUAACAACAUGGUGACCAGCACCAGAGCCAUAGUGAACACUGCACGCAGCAUGGUGUCUACCAUUAUGAAGUUUUUAGACUCGGGUCCAGGAAAGACUUCAGAUGGCAACCUCAAAUCCCGAGUGAUGACGUCAGAGCCAGAUAAUGCAGAAGGACUCCACAACUUUGCCCCAUUAGGUACAAUUACUUCCAGUAGCCCAACAGCGCAGCCAGCAGAAGUCCUCCUUCAAGCUACGCCACCUCACCGUCGGGCUCGUUCUGCAGCCUGGUCCUACAUCUUCCUUCCAGAAGAGGCUUGGUGUGACCUCACCAUUCAUCUCCCUGCUGCUGUGUUGCUAAAGGAGCUCCACAUUCAGCCACAUCUGGCUUCUUUAGCUACCUGCCCCUCCUCUGUCUCCGUGGAGAUCAGUGCUGAUGGUGUAAACAUGCUGCCACUCUCCACGCCAGUUAUCACCAGUGGCCUGACCUACAUCAAGAUCCAACUGGUGAAGGCUGAAGUUGCCUCAGCUGUGUGUCUAAGGUUGCACCGGCCUCGUGAUGCCAGUACACUUGGCCUGUCUCAGAUCAAACUCUUGGGCCUGACAGCCUUUGGUAACACCUCAUCUGCUACAGUCAACAACCCCUUCUUACCCUCUGAGGACCAGGUCUCGAAAACCAGUAUUGGUUGGCUGCGUCUUCUUCACCACUGCCUGACCCAUGUCAGUGAUCUGGAGGCCAUGAUGGCCAGUGCAGCAGCACCUACUGCUAACCUUCUGCAGACUUGCGCUGCACUGCUCAUGUCACCUUACUGUGGUAUGCACUCACCGAACAUUGAAGCGGUUUUAGUGAAGAUUGGGCUGCAGUCGACACGCAUUGGUCUUAAACUCAUCGACAUUCUGUUGAGAAACUGUGCUGCCUCCGGCACUGACCCGGCCAAUUUGAACAGCCCUCUGUUGUUUGGUCGACUAAAUGGCCUUUCCUCAGACUCAACUAUAGACAUUCUGUACCAGUUGGGUACCACACAGGACUCAGGAACCAAGGACAGAAUCCAGGCUCUUCUCCAGUGGGUUCAUGACUCCUCAAGGGUUGCAGCACUAAAAAUUCCCAUUGGUUACUCCAGUACCAUUAGUGGUUCCUCUUCAUUGAGGGAGUAUGGGCUUCUCAUGCCCUCACCGUCCCACCUCCAUUGUGUAGCAGCCAUCUUGUGGCACAGCUACGAGCUGCCUGUUGAUUACGACCUCCCAACAUUGCUCAACCAAGAGCUAUUUGAACUCCUGUACAAUUGGUCCAUGUCUUUACCUUGCGACAUUGUGCUCAAGAAGGCAGUGGACAGUCUCCUGUGUUCUAUGUGCCACAUUCAUCCAAGCUACUUCUCAUUGCUCAUGUCCUGGAUGGGUAUUGUAACAAUGCCCAACACUACUCAUUCCCAAGCUCAGCAGCACCGACUUGCCAUGACUGACGAUGGCAAAAAGCAGCACAAUGCUAACACCGCCACCACCACGGGACUUACAGAUGACUCCAAGCAUGCAAGACCUCCAGUUACUUUAUCAGAGUCCCAGCUAACCACAUUGGCAGCUGCCUCGCAGUCUCCAGGAGCAAUAGAGCAACUGCUAGAUUCAGGAUUGCCCUCAUUACUUGUGCGCAGCCUUGCCCAGUUCUGUGUCUGUUUACUCGCCAAUGCUGACCUGCCCUUGCCCGCUGCUCUGGCUGACAGGCGACAUUACCAGUACCAGCCGUGCUCCACAUCCACACAUCGUCCACCGCUUGCCGCAGAGCUAGCUGCUCCAGUUCUGCGCUUCCUCACCGAAGUAGGCAACAGCCACCCCAUGAAGGACUGGUUAGGCGGACCAGAGGUCAACCCUCUGUGGACAGCAUUGCUGUUCCUGCUGUGCCACUCCAGUGCAAGUGCCAACACCAGUUGUCAGCCUGUGGGCAAGGCCUCAUCUGGAGGCAGUCUGUCUCCAUCACAGCCAUACCUCUUAGGCUCACGUUUCUCCCUGGCAUCUUCUGGCCAAUCAGGAGGGCUCACCACACAGCAGAGAACAGCUUUGGAGAAUGCCACAGUGGCUUUCUUUCUACAGUGCAUCUCAUGUCACCCUAACAACCAGCGGCUCAUGGCGCAGGUUCUCUGUGAGCUGUUCCAAUCAGCACCCCAGCGAGGCAAUGUGCCUCUCUCUGGAAGCAUAUCUGGUUUCAUACGAAGGCUUUUCCUGCAACUCAUGUUGGAGGAUGAGAAAGUCACAGUUUUCCUACAGUCUCCCUGCCCGUUGUACAAAGGACGCAUCAAUGCUACAAGCCACAUGAUCCAACAUCCGAUGUAUGGAGCAGGGCACAAGUACCGCACCCUCCAUUUGCCAAUCUCCACGACUCUUGCUGAAGUCUUGGACCGGGUGUCUGACACACCCAGCAUUACAGCCAAGCUGAUCAGUGAGCAGAAAGAGGACAAGGAGAAGAAGAAUCAUGAGGAAAAGGAGAAGAUGAAAGCUGACAGUGGCUUCCAGGACAACUACAGUGUGGUUGUUGCCUCAGGUUUGAAGUCCCAGUCCAAGCGAGCUUUAUCAACUCCUCCUAGACCCCCAUCGCGACGGGGUCGGGUGAUGAGUGACAAGUUGACGCCCUCAUCAGGUGUGGACCCUUCUGCCAAAAGCAUCAGCGUGCCUGUCUUCCACCUCUACCACAAACUGCUUCCAGGUCAGCCCCUCGCACCAGAGAUGACUCUGGCCCAACUACUGACACUACUGUAUGACCGCAAGAUGCCACAGGGCUACCAGUCCAUUAACCUCACCGUUAGACUGGGGUCCAAAGUCAUUUCUGACCCUGGUCUGUCUAAGACGGACUCCUUCAAACGGUUGCGCACCGAGAAAGUGGAUCACACUGACAUGCUGAACAACUGCCCUGAAGAUGAACCUAUGACUCCCGGCGAAGAAUGUCUUGACACCACAACUGAUGAGUCCUUACUCGAAACGCACCCCAUCCAGUCGCCGUUGCAAGUCUUUGCUGGAAUGGGUGGCCUGGCGCUCAUUGCUGAGAGGCUACCCAUGCUAUAUCCUGAUGUCAUUCAGCAGGUCAGUGCACCAGUUGUGCCCUCUGCAACCCAGGAGAAACCAAAAGACACUGAUCAGUUUGAGUGGGUCACCAUUGAGCAAUCCGGAGAGCUGUUCUACGAGUCACCGGAGUCCAUUGCUACCGAACCACCCCCCAUCAACAAGCAGCAGUCCCAGUCGGCGUCUUCAUCUUCGUCCUCAGUGCAAACAAUGUCACCCAUCCCUGCCCAUUCCCUGGCAGCAUUUGGCCUGUUCCUGCGGCUGCCAGGCUACGCAGAAGUGCUGCUGAAGGAGAGAAAACAUGCCCAGUGCCUGCUGCGCCUGGUGCUUGGUGUCACAGAUGAUGGAGAGGGCAGUCACAUCCUGCAAUCUCCGUCAGCAAACGUGUUGCCCACAUUGCCCUUUCAUGUCCUGCGAGCAUUGUUCAGAAGCACUCCUCUCACUACUGAUGAUGGUGUGCUGCUCCGUCGCAUGGCUUUGGAGAUCGGUGCCAUUCACCUUAUUUUGGCCUGUCUAUCAGCUCUCAGCCACCAUGCCCCCCGGAACCCUAACGCAAGCAACAAUGUCUCUGAGCCACAGCUGUCAAAUUGUCAUGGUGGAGGAACCACUGAGGAGCAGCAGCUUUACUGGGCCAAAGGAACCGGUUUUGGCACUGGAUCCACAGCCUCAGGGUGGGAUGUUGAGCAGGCUCUCACAAAGCAACGUCUCGAGGAGGAGCAUGUUACUUGUCUUCUCCAGGUCUUGGCAAGCUACAUUAAUGCCGCAGGUUCCAGCAGCUUCCACAGCACUGAUACAUCUUCAGCAGAGAGCAGAACCCACAACAGCUCAGCACUCCCAGUAGUGCUGCAGGAGCUGCUUAGUCAGUCCUGUCUCAUCCCCGCUAUGUCCUCCUACCUACGGAAUGAUUCCGUUCUGGAUAUGGCACGUCAUGUGCCCCUGUAUCGGGCAUUACUGGAGCUGCUUCGGGCCAUCUCAACCUGCACAUCCCUCGUCCCUCUGCUGCUUCCUUUGUCUGGUGACCGAGGGCAGGAUGAAGAAGAGGAGGAUGAAGAACAAUCGGAGGGACAAACUUCUGUUGGGAUGCUGCUGGCCAAAAUGAAGACAUGCGUCGACACGUACACGAAUCGCCUCAGGUCCAAGAAAGAUAAAAGCAAAGGCGUUGUGAAGCCAGAUAGCUCAGACCCAGAGCCUGAGGGCCUCACUCUUCUUGUGCCCGACAUCCAGAGGACAGCUGAGAUAGUCUAUGCCGCGACGACGAGCCUCCGGCAAGCUAACCAAGAGAGGAAAUUGGUUGAGACUUCAAGAAAGGUAUCAAGCAGACCCAAGCCCCUUUCUAUCCUGCGUUCUCUUGAAGAAAAAUACGUUGCUGCCAUGAAGAAGCUGCAGUUUGACACUUUUGAAAUGGUAUCAGAGGAUGAGGAUGGGAAGCUGAUGUUCAAGGUCAACUACCAUUACAUGUCUCAGGUGAAGAAUGCCAAUGAUACAAACAGUGCAGCCAGAUCCCGUCGUCUUGCCCAAGAGGCUGUCACCCUUUCCACCUCUCUGCCUCUGUCAUCCUCAUCAAGUGUCUUUGUACGCUGUGAUGAGGAGAGACUGGACAUCAUGAAGGUUCUCAUCACUGGCCCAGCAGACACCCCAUAUGCCAAUGGUUGCUUCGAAUUUGAUGUGUAUUUUCCCCAAGAUUAUCCCAAUUCACCUCCUUUGGUGAACCUGGAGACAACCGGUGGACACAGUGUGCGCUUUAACCCCAAUCUCUACAAUGAUGGCAAAGUAUGUUUAAGUAUCCUCAACACAUGGCAUGGGAGACCAGAGGAGAAGUGGAACCCACAAACCUCAAGCUUUCUACAGGUGCUAGUGUCAGUGCAGUCCCUCAUCCUGGUGGCUGAGCCCUACUUCAACGAGCCAGGGUACGAGCGCUCCCGGGGGACUCCGAGCGGCACCCAGAGCUCACGGGAAUACGAUGGCAACAUACGCCAGGCCACCGUAAAAUGGGCCAUGCUGGAACAGAUGCGCAACCCAUCACCAUGCUUCAAAGAGGUGAUCCACAAACAUUUUUACCUGAAGCGAACAGAGAUUAUGUCUCAGUGCGAGGAAUGGAUCGCUGACAUUCAGCAGUACAGCAGUGACAAGAGGGUCGGGCGUACAAUGUCCCAUCAUGCUGCAGCGCUAAAGCGACACACAGCUCAGCUCCGAGAUGAACUACUGAAGUUACACUGCCCUGACGGUCUGGAAGCGGACGGCGACGAGUUCUCGGAGAAGAGCGCCGCCCUCAUUCUCCGAGAGCUGCCCGGUCCCGAUUCGGAGAAGCCCGGCGGCAGUCAGGACGAAGCCAGCGGUGAGGGCCAGCUAUGAGUCUUUGCCUUGCCGGCGCCUCAGAGCGGAUGGUUACUUUGAAGAAAGAGAAAAAAAAAAAAAGACUUGAGGCUUUGGAGCACAAGCCGCCAUUUUGUCCAUAUUUGUAUGUAAAGAUCUCGUAGUAUAAUAGUGGAACGCGUGGGGAUGUGAGGAACCACAACGCCAUGAGAACUCUGAACUAUGCUAUGCCCGUCAUGAAAACAGUCGACAAAGACUUUUAUUUACCUUAAAAAAAAGCGUGUAAACAUUUUGUGCGUUGGAAUUUUUUUUUUUUUUGCCCCCAGUUGUGAAAUAACCACUGAUUGGUAUGUUAUUAAACUUGUUUAUAAAUACAUAAUGGCAGAGAAAAAUUAUAUAAGGGAAACUACCUUUAGAGAUGAAUGUUUACUAAAUUUAAUUUUUUUUUCUUCUCCCAUCUUUUGGACUGUUUGAAUGACAACUGAUGUUCUUGAGGAUAUAGUGGUCGUUCUUAAAGGAUCAUAUUUAAAAGAAUUGCAGCAACGAAGAGGAAUGAAAUAAGGAAAACACUACAGAGGAAAAGGAGUCAAAAGACAAAAGCCCCUUUGGUCACACGUCGCUUCAUUUGAUAUCUCUGGGAUCAUAUCCACUUCAAUAAAAGCUGACAUCCUUAAAUGUUAUCUUCUCCCUCUUCCGAACGCUGGAAAAACAUUAUGGAUCAUGAGACUGCGUAUCACGUCCACGUGUCAUUUGAAGGCUUGUGCAUGUUGUAUGUGUGUCUUCUGUGCGUGUGCAACAAUCCUCGUGAGAUACAAAGCUGUGAUGUGCCUUUGAGUGACUCCAUACCACCAAAUACUCCAGUACACAGUGUACCUUUACUGAGCUUCUUUUGCUGUUCCUACCCAAUGAUGAUUGUGGAUUUUGCGCCAUCUGACAAAUAGAAUUGCUUGGAACAAUUUUAAUUAUUAUUAUUUUUUUUAAUGUUAAAACUCAAGUAAACAAAAAGAUGCACUUUCUAUUUUAAUCACUCCCUAGAACAGCCGCUUAAUCCUUUUGCUAGGACAUUAAAUGAUGCUUGAAAGUAUG